AGGCGAACGGGACGCCCGGUUAGAUUCGGUGUCUGCAAAAAACAAAAAAAAUUUUAAAAGUCGGUCGGAUAGCAAAGAUUCCGUUCCCUCUUGUCCAGGAUUCUUCUUUUUCCUUCAGUUCCUUUAAAAGAAGCUUUAAGCUCUUGCGCUUUUUGUGGAGCUGAUUUCCCACCUUCCGUCUGAGCGGUGUCCGCCUGUUCUCCAGAUUCCAGGUGUGCACGGACGUGUUGGGGUGGACAGCAGGGCAAGCCCAGUACUGAAGAGGGAAAGCGCGGGGGAUUAAAAUAGAACGACCCCAGAAGCUGAGCUACACUACGCUAGCCAUCCUGUCCCAGCAUGUCGGUUCAGGGAAUAUUGAAACUACCAAGACGAUAAACCCCUCGAUUGAUUAUCCUCGAGGAUGCCGAAAAUGUAAACAAAACGAAACAGAAAGAAACAACACACACAUCAUGGACAUGGACAUGGACAACCCGGACUCCAAGAGGAAGGCGCCACGCCGAAAAGGAGACGACCGGGUCAUCCUGCAUUUUGAUCUAGAUUGCUUCUACGCACAGUGCAUCGAAAACGCCAACCCCCACCUCAAGUCUGUACCCCUCGGCAUCAAGCAAAAGUCCAUCCUUGCCACGUGCAACUACGUCGCGAGAAAGCACGGGGUGAAGAAGCUGAUGGGGAUCCAGGAGGCCAAGAGGCUGUGUCCCGACCUUGUCCUGGCAGACGGGGAGGACCUGUCACCCUUCAGGGAUGUCUCCAAGCAGAUUUACUCCCUGCUAAAGUCCUAUUCUUGGAACGGGAGGGUGGAGAGGUUGGGGUUGGAUGAGGUUUUCUUGGAUGUGACUGAUGUCGUGGCUUACAACCUGGGGUUGGUGAAUCAUCACUGCUUGGAGGAGUCGUGGUUUUGUCUGUCGAGGGAGGAUCCGGAAAGGGGGUUUGCGUUUGAUGCCCGGGAGGUGAAGGGGUGUGUCUGGCCUCCAGAUCUUGUUUCUGACCGCGAAAAUGAGGGCACGGAUAGCUUGAGGCUGAGGCUCCUCUUCGGCAGCCACCUCGCCUUUUACCUCCGCCAGCAGGUGGAAGGUCUGGGGUAUACUUCUGCUUGUGGCAUCUCCACCAACAAGCUCCUCGCCAAGCUAGCUGGCGAUAGAAACAAGCCACGCAACCAGACCACCCUCCUCUCCUCCCACAGUCCCGUCCCAUUCCUCGACCCAUUACCUCUUCGGAAAAUCCCCGGCAUUGGCGGCAAAACCAUCACCGCCAUGAAAAGCUUACUCAAAACCGACGACGACCUGACCGUUCACAACGCCCGAACCAACCCGGCCGUCUCCCCUUUCGCUCUUGAACGGCUGUUGGCCGGUAGCGGUGGUGGUGGGGAGAAGGGUAUAGGCCGGAAAGUCUGGCUUUUGCUCCACGGGAUUGACGGUUCAGAGGUCACGCUGGCGAGGGAUGUGCCGAGGCAGAUAGGCAUUGAGGAUACCUAUCGCGGUUUGACGCAGCUGUCGCAGGUCAGGGCAGGUUUGGUUCAGAUUGCUACCUCUCUGCUGCGGCGGAUGCAUGUUGACUUGUUGAAUGAUUUUGAUGCGGUCACUCCACCUAUAUCACCAGCACCAACAAGUGUGGGAAAGGGGAGGUGGCUGGCACAGCCAAAGACGCUGAGGUUGACAACCCGGCCGUAUCAUCCGCCGUCGGAGUGGGAUAAGUUUGAGUAUAACCACGGUCGGGUAUCCAAAUCGGUUGCGUUGCCUAGGUUCGUUUUUGAUCUCAACAUUGAGCCAGAAAGUAUUGCGGAGAGGUUGGUUGAGGGGACGUUGAUGCCGUUGUUUCACAGUUUGAAUCCGGACAAGAGUAAACUCUGCAUCGGGCUGCUCAACGUCUGUGUCACCAACAUGGAUAGGGCGAAGGAAAGCAGCCGGGAAGGGGAUAUCAUGGCUGCAUUUCAGAGACAGAGGGAGGUGGAGGAGAUUAGGGGCGUUGCUUUUGCUGAUGAACCCCCAGAUGGGGAGGAAAAGGCCGAAGAUACCAGUGACGACACCGAGGUGGAAUGGGUCGAGGAGGAAGAUGAGCAGGAUGGCGUGAGGUGUCGGCUUUGUGGCUGUGUCAUUCCGGUUUUUGCGGUGGAGGCUCAUGGGCGGUGGCAUGAGCUGGAUGAGGGUUGGGUUGAGCCGCAGGGUGGGUAA